AUGGAUGAGCUGUCAAAUGCCUUCUCAGUGCUUGAGCUGGAUAUGGAAGAUGCUAAGGAACAUACUAUGAUUGCCACCGCUGCUGAUGGUGAUGGUGAAAGAGUCAAGAAACAAGAAUGUGGGGUGAAAGAUAAUGGUAAGAUAAAAGACAACCACUCAGGAGAUGGAAACUCAUCAAAAAGUGGGAACGAGGGUGAACAGAGCUCUGAACUGAUUCGAGAAGAGUACAAGUCGCCACUUGUGUGGAUUGACCUUGAAACGACUGGUUUGAAUAUUGAAGUUGAUAGAAUAUUAGAAAUUGCUUGUAUAAUUACAGAUACUCAGAUAGGAGAAAAACACAAGAAUAUAAUUUUUCAUGAUUCAAUUGCACAAUACUCUAAAUCCUUCUUCACAGGAAUGCCACCAAAUAAUUACAUAUCUUGCUUUCAGAAUGAAAAAAAGAACUUCAUAUCUUCCCAAAUGAAUCUCUAUAUGAGAGUAAACCACCAACUGCUGGGUAUCCUUUCUUGUGGGAUUAUAUUUGUAAUAUCAUGUAAAGCGGUUAACUCCUGGAAAAAUUUCAAGAGCAGACACAAACUAGAUAAACUAUACAACAAAAAUGCUUCUCGGAAGGAAAGCAAACACAGGGCUCCGGAUGACAUCAAGGAAAGCAUAGCAGAACUCAAGUACUACAAGAACAUAUUCAAACCCAAGUCGGAGAAUUGAUAAUGGUAGAGAUUUGCAGAUUGAGAUUUUUGAGCUCGUUCAGUUUUAACACUCAGUACAAAUACUGGAGUCGAAUGUGGAAAGACACCGUUUCUCCUUCUUACGUGGAGCGACUUGUGUAAUUUUGUCCUCACAAUAAGAGAACUUAAUAUGAAGUGUUUCGUAACUUUGCAACACAUCUCACGUGGUUGGCUACUAACCGCUAGAAUCAACCUAAUACUUCAAUUCUAAACAGGGUUCUUUACGGUUCAUUUUUCUUGAGUGAUUUUUUCUCACAUUUUCUGGAAGAGGGACUCUAGGGAAUCAAAUGCAAGCCAUCACGGCAUGAACAGGUCGACACAUGUUGAGACUUAAAUCAGUGUGGACAAGUUCGUGAGCUAAAAUAUUUUCUAGUCUGCA